AUGUUUUUCUUCAAAGAUUUGUCGUUGAAUAUAACGCUUCAUCCAUCAUUCUUUGGACCUCAGAUGAAGAGAUAUUUGAUGACAAAGCUACUACAAGAGGUGGAAGGAACAUGUACCGGUAAAUUCGGAUAUAUCCUAUGUGUUUUAGACUGUGAAAAUAUCGAGAUUGAACGUGGACGGAUUUUGCCUACGGACGGGUCAGCAGAGUUUACUGUUAAAUAUAGAGCUGUGGUAUGGAAACCUUUCAAGGGAGAAGUUCUUGAUGGUAUCGUAUCUAGUUGUACAAACUUAGGUUUUGAAGUGGAAGUUGGACCUUUGUCUGUCUUCGUUUCCCCUUUUUUGAUGCCAGAAGAUUUGACUUUCAACAGUGGUUCCAAUCCUCCAUCAUAUCAAUCAUCAGAACAAAUUAUUACUAAAGGAUCUAGAGUAAGAUUAAAAAUCGUCGGUGCAAGAUCGGAAGUCAACUCUAUUUACGCCAUUGGCAGUAUCAAGGAAGAUUAUUUGGGGGUGAUAUGA